UGAAGGGCCUGAAGCAGAUGUGCUAUGAACAAGUCCCAUACAUUUAUGUCAGAAACCUCCAGGAAUUCUGCAGUUCCUACGCACGGUGAUUACGGGCUUCCAAUCUCAGGCGAACGAAAAAGAGGGAAAUGUCCCGUGAUAAUCAUUAACCUGCGAGGCAAAUAUUGCGAAACACAAUACAAGUAAUCCGCUUCAGAUGAUAAGAUGAGAAGGAGCUCACAGGGCAGCACUCUGGGCAGAGAGACUCACAGCAUUAGAUCAGCCCGAGUGAAGGUGCGGCAAUGGGGCAGCAAUCCACAGGAGUCUUCCACCUUCUGCUUCUAGCCGCUACCACGGUCACGGCUCACAGCCUGGUGAAGCUGAGCACUGACAACCUGCUGGUGGCGCCAUGUCACCACCGUGUCACUCUGCACUGCAACAUCUCAUCGGAGACACAGCCCUCAGUCAUACACCUGGCCUGGCUAAAUGUACACACUGGAAAACAGCUGUGCGUGGUCGACGAUCUAGGAGAGCUAACUGAGGCGCAGGGCGUCCAUUGUAUCUACGAACCCGGGGAACAGCUGAUUCUCACCUUCAGGCACAUCCGGGCGGUCGACCAGGGCCAGUACAUCUGCAAGCUCCGCUCCAACAGAGGGAUAAAAGAGGUCUCCGCCACGGUGAAGCUGCAAGAGUGCUACCGAGGGGUCCAUCACGAUUCUUCAUCGUCUGCAAUGACGUGCAGCUUCUCUGGCGUGUAUCCAGAGGGUGAAGUGCACUGGUUCGAUGGUGACAGGAACAUAACCGGGGACUCACAGCACCACUCCAUAAAGUUCAACCAUGACGGGACCUUCAAUGUGUCCGGCAGCCUCCCUGCCAGGACUCCGACGAGGGCCCAUCACUGCUCCCUGUGGAUGCACGGAUCGGGCUCCUACCUGGCAAGACACCUGCUGCCCCAGAGCAGCCAGAUCCACUCCCAAGCAGGCAACGGUGCCACCUCAGUGCAGGUGGUAGGCAUGAGUCUUGGCCUUCUGCUCGCCUGGCUUCUGAUGCCUUAGUCAAGACUAGAUUACAGGAAGAUACUCCAGCCAACAAUGAGAAAACAAACAAACCGACUCCCAGUCAAAGACUCAGCACAUGGAGAAAGUACUUUUCUUCUUUAUUUCUUUUUUCUACCUUUUCAGCUUUCAGAUUAGGUUUGACAGCCUGCUUUCACACUUGUCCGCUUUAUUCCUUCAGUCCAAGCAGUCUUUUUUUGGAUUGUUUCAUUCCUGGUCUCUAGACUGUAAUACACUGUAAAACUGUUUUAAACAAAAGAAGUUGCUUCCAGGAGGAAAUUACAAUUGCUGUAGAUAAUAAGCUGUUAUCGGGAUUGACUCUGGCACCUGUGAAGUCAUCUCGGUAGCUUUUUCUGCGCUCAGUCUGAGGUCAAACUCCAAUGGCCCAUCCAUUGAAUACUGAUGUAUUCCAAUCCGAAGCAUGUAAAAUGGACUUCCUUUACAGCGGCUCCGUGUUCAAAUUGUUCGCUCUUUGUGAGGUGCCCUUUGGUCACAGUAACACGUAUUUGAUAGUCAAAGACAAAUUUUCUUACCAAUGAAACUGAGUUUUAAAAAAAGUCUCAGCUGUAAUCUUUCAGUUGGGUUUACACAAUGAAAAAAUCCGUGGGCAGAAGUAAAUGGUGAGCGAUAAUAACAGCGAUUACUUCUGCUUUUGUCCAGCGGUCCGUGUUGUUCUGUGCGUCACUCUUGCAGCUGGCGGAAUUUUUGUUGUAGCACAUUCUUAAAACUAUAACACCAUAAAACACUAGACAGAACGAAAAAAUGUAGAGAAAAAAAUUAUGUCGAAAGUCAAAAUUUGAGGAAAAGGGAUUUUAACCACACACACACACACACACAUUUUCAGAACCGCUUG